AUGGCUGCUCAAAUUGUUGAUUCUACUGAUGAUCGCAUUUCUCGGAUUUCCUCUUCCAUACGGGUCAUACCCGACUUCCCGAAACCCGGAAUUAUGUUUCAGGAUAUAACGACUUUGCUUCUUGAUCCCAAGGCAUUUAAGGACACGAUCGAUUUGUUUGUUGAGAGAUACAAGGACCAAAAUAUUAAUGUUGUUGCAGGCAUCGAGGCAAGAGGUUUUAUAUUUGGACCUCCAAUUGCGUUGGCUAUUGGGGCCAAAUUUGUUCCCAUGAGAAAGCCUAAGAAGUUACCUGGGGAGGUUAUAUCUGAAGAGUACUCUUUGGAGUAUGGAACAGACAAAAUGGAGAUGCAUGUAGGGGCUGUAAAAGCUGGAGAGCGGGCACUUGUAGUGGAUGAUCUCAUUGCUACUGGGGGGACCUUGAGUGCUGCAAUCCGCCUACUUGAGCGAGUUGGGGUAGAUGUGGUUGAGUGUGCUUGUGUUAUCGAGUUGCCAGAACUGAAGGGCCGGGAUCGGCUAGGAGACAAGCCGCUGUUUGUUCUUGUGAGCUGA